CUGUCAAAGAAAUUGUCAAAAAAAAAUAAAAAGCGAGGAGGGGAUUUGUUUAGCUUUUACUAUUUAUUUACCUAAAAUUAGUUACAUAUUACCAACUUUACUUUAUUUUGUAUAUUAUUGGAUCUUGGGCCAUUAUAAAGAAUUUUAGCGGGCAGAGACCUUCAAAGCAAUGGUAAUAUUACAGUGCAAUUUAUCGUAAUGAACACUAGAAACUAAUUAGCGAUUCUUAGCUGUAAUAACGUUGGAUAUCAACCGAAUGAAGAUAUGAAACCACAAUACUUACGUGUCCUACGCAUGCAAACUGAAAAAGACGUUAUAUUGUGCGCUUGGUUAAUUCAUAGACUUAAAAUCGAUGUGAAUGUGGAAGGCUAAAUUAUAAGUUUUUCAAAUCUAAGUUUCAUGUAUAAGCGCCAGUAGGCUAUGGGUAGGCGCAGCAAAGCUUCUAUACGUGCGAGAGCAUACUAUUUGCGAGAAACCGAACAACAAAGACAGGAGCGGUUGCGGAAAAACCGGGUCAGGAUAGCGUUAAAACGAGCUAUAGCUAAAGCGCAACGUCUAAUGAAUUCUAAUCAGAGUAUGUCUACGGAAAACAUCACGAUGGAGCUGAAUGAGUAUACCGACGUGCCAAUAAAAGAGGAGGUUGACGAUGGACAGCUAUACAUCAAAACAGAGAUAGAAACGCACGAAGACGAACAAAACGUGACUGACAACCCAUUCGAAAACGUGCAACUACAUGUCAAAGAAGAGAGUAACAUUGAGAAAGAUCCAGAAACAGAUUUAUUUACAGUAGAAACUGAGGAGAUAAAACCUGAUGUGGAGAAAUCGUCGUCUCCAAUGAAUAAUUUGGACGGUGUAGAUAUAAAACAAGAAGAUAGUGAGAUUAUAACAGGCGAUGAAGUGAUUUCUUACGAUUAUCCGAAUUUUGAAGACAGUAUGGACAGUAAUGAAGCUGUGGCUUUGAGCAAAGUGGAGGCUUGCUUGCAGGACGAUGGCUUGAAAAGUGAAAUGCAUGAGAAUAUCGAUGACGGCAACUACUACAAAGUAAUCAAAAACGAGGCGGACUUAACAGUGACGGAGACACAUUUGAUAUCAAACAAACUGAUAAACACGACAUCGACGAUCACCAACCCGCGGGACGGGCUCAUAGAGUCAAAGACCACCAAGACGCUAGUCAUGGAAAUACGGCCCAUGACAGAAGCAACUAUACCAUUGAAACUCGGGAACCCCGAAGAAAUAUUACCGACCAACGACAACGCCGACUACGACGCAUUCCAACUAAACUCGAUAACUGGCGACGUUCUAUCGUUGGAGCAGCAAGCUUACGGAUUACUAGAGAAGAAGUCAAAUAAAUAUCAGAAGGAUAAGAAGUACACGUGCCCAAAAUGCUCGAACGCUUACACUUGCAACUCGCAAUUACAGAAACAUUUGCGAGUUCACGACAGCAUCGAGAAACGAGCGUUGGGGAUCAUCAAAGGAGUCAAAACUAGGACAGAAAAUCGGAACAAGAGACUUAAAUUAAAAGACGAAGAAGAAGUAAAAGAUAAACAACAGAUUGUGAAGAAAGAAGGGUAUGAGUGUACUUGCGGGAAUGUCUUUCGCAGACGCAGCCGCAUGGAGACCUGCUUAAGAUCUCACAAUUUGUUCGACGACACUAACUCUUACCCGUGCGUUACAUGUUCGAGACAAUUUAAGAGUAAAGAAGAACUAGCGCAGCAUAGAAAAAGAGUGCACAGAAAGAGAUUUCCCUGCAAGUUUUGUCCAACAGACUAUAACACCAGAAAAGAGUUGUUCAAACACUUACAGAUACACCAAAAAGUUCAGUUGAUGGAGUACAAAGUUAUUUCAGAGGUUGUGAAAAGUAAACAAAAGUUAAACUGCUUUAUGUGUUCCAAAUCGUAUAACGAGUUGUCAGACCUAAAAUCGCAUGUUAUGGAGGAUCACAAGGAACCGUACAGUUGUCCACAUUGCAAACGAACCUUUCCGAAAAUCAUAGAUUUCGGAAAUCACACAAAAACUUACCACCCAGAUGUGGAGUGUCAGUCUGUGCUAGAUGUCUUAGAGGCGUUCUCUAAGCUAGUGAAGGCUUGGAAAUGUGAAGAAUGCGGCAUGCAGUUCCACGAAGCUGACAAACUUGCACUACAUCAGAUAGAAAAACAUAGUCCAGAACUAAAAGCUGAUCCUCAAUUACAAUGCGAAGAUUGUCGCAGAGUGUUCUUUACACAAAAAGGCCUAACAUCACAUCGGAGGAUACAUCACAGCACGGAAAACGUAGAGGAAGCACAACCCGAAGAAACGGGCGUUAUGUGCCUCGAAUGUCGCAAGAUGUGCAAAGAUAUGAACGCUCUGACUUCCCACAUGCGCCUGCACUCGCCAGACAGAAAGUAUCCGUGUAAAUUCUGCGAUUUCCGCUUCGCCACGCCAGAGAAGAGGAAAGCGCACGCCGAAAUACACACAGGCGUUAUGAAAUACGUGUGUUUUAUUUGCGAAUACCAGUGCAGUUCCGAGAACCGGUUAAAACAACACAAGUUCUCGACCAAACAUAAGAAUAUGAAAGAGUUUUUGCUGUCCGGGGUGAAGGUACCUGAAGAGUCAUCGUCUAAAGAGUCGGAGCCGAAAAAAGAAGAGAAGGCAGUGAAAAAGAGGAAGAGGGAGAGGGAUAGGAGUGAUAGUGAAUCGUCUGAGGACUCGCAAGUGCCGUGCGAUAUAUGUGGAGAUGUAUUCCCAUCAGAAAGCGAGAUGCUGGAACACAAACAGACACAUCCUUUCAUAGAGUUCCCGAACGAGGACAAGCCCAGUAGGAUAUUCUUUAAGUGAGCCACGCUUGCCUCACUACGCGUCUGGACAUUACUGUACAAAAUGUUCAGAUGACGAUAGCGGACGCGCAAAACGCGCGUCUGACUCUAAAAUUAUUCCUGUUCUGUGCAAUAAAAUGUACCCGAUGGGUAUUAUUUAGAAUAUUGGUAAAGGUUGGCAUUGUUAGUAUUAAAAAGCCUAAAUGGGAAGUAGCUUUGUUCUCAGACAUCCAAUCCUGGCGUAUAAUGCGGGUUGCAAAUCAAAAGCCAAGCUAAAAUUGGUUUGGCUUAGCUCAAAUAGAUAUUUUCUCUUAUGUGCAAACUGUGUAAAUUAGUCUAUAUUACAUGUGUAAUUUUUCAGCUAUGCGAGCUAAGCUAAACUUAUACACCUUAAUUCUUGGCCCGCGACUGGCGUAAUACCCAUGGAUAUAAAGGUGUGUCAGGCUCUUGGCAGUCUUUAAUAUUUUUAUGAGGGUAGAACCUAAAUGAAAAAUGUCCGCGUAGUUUAUUGUGCCUAAAAUUAGACUCGCCGGCGAGUCUUUAUUUUUAAGUUCUUUUAUAGAAUCUUAUUUCCUUAUAUUAGUGAUUUGGUGUUGUUAAAAAGUUAUAUCGCCUUGGAACUUAUUUUUAAUUUGUACAGAGGUUUUAAAUAAAUAUAGUAGUUAUUUAAGUAUAGAGUAAUUGGCUUGGAGUAAAAUUAAGAAGCUGGUCUCUUAAUUUGAAGCGGGAAGUAUAAGUACUAUUAGUGAUGCCAUUUAUGUAAAACGCGUGAGAUAUAGUUAGUGUUAAACUGUUAGGGAUAUAGUAUUAUUCAUAUUUCUAAUGGCAGAAUUUGCUGCCCUAAAAUAGUAAAUAUUUGAAUAUGGACACAGUAGCGUCUUACUUUUCCAUAUAUUGUUUUUGGUCCUUCGAGCUCGCAUGGACCUCCUUAUAACAAGUCUUAAUUCUACCGCUAGAGGUGCUAUUUCCCCUCGCUGAAAUAAAAGUUUACAUGAUUGUUUGAUAUACGGCUGUUUUUAAAACGCCUUGAGAAAUAUUACCAUAAUUCACGACGAUAUUGAACAUUACAAAAACAUCUGAAGUGCCAGGGUGAGUGGAGCGCAGUGCAGUGUAUAGAUCAUUUCAUUCACGGAGACAGGCCCCACUACUUUCAGUAAACAUUUACCGUGCGCGAGAGCAACAUGAGUUCGCACGCAAUGACCACGUCACAAUUAAAAUUGAUACUUAUUGUACAAAAUUUUUGAUUGAUAAUCCUGUAUUUGUUUCUGUCACUUACGCGGUAUUCUCUUUCCCCGACGCUAUGCAUUGCGUGUGCAAACAUUUAACUCGCACACAAGGGAAAGAGGUAGGGCGCGUCUUCGUGCAUGAAAUGAUCUAUAUGUGUAAUUUAAAAUUGAAUUAAAUAUGACAUUUUUACCGUUUUGGUGCAAGCUCAUGCAAGACGUGCUCAUUUCGUCAUAUUUGUUUUUUAUUUUUGCGUUGAAAGCACUAUAUUGUCAUUUGUUUAGAAAUAAUAUUUAAACUGUUAAAUGCUUGAUCCCAAUUGGAGCAUAACAGGGUCCUAUGAUUUUCGUUCUGUGUUAUAAACUAGUCUAGUUGUGAGUAGUGAGUUGUGUUGUAGUUGUAAAUAACAAAGCAACAUAUUAUGUAGGGUAUUUUGACAUUAGUAAAUGAAACCACGUAUUCUUCUUUAUAUUUGCUAACGUUGUACCAUAAAUCAUCGAUGGAUAACAAAAAUUCUCGCCAAUAAGUCCGGUUUACUAAAACCACUAGUUCUGUUUUUUUUGUUGAUAAUUUUUUACUUAAGUGUGGAUGUAAUUUGUGUGUAACUGUAUUUCUAUUGUUAGUACAGUACAUUUCUGUCAUAGAGUAUGAUGUUUCCGCUCCGACAAAUCCUCAUCGUGUUAGCAGUGGCCUUAGCUCAUGUCAAAUUUAAAUUAUUUUUUAUUAAUAUUAAUAUUGUUCGGAACUUAAAUUUCUCAUCUACUCUUAAAAUACAAAUACAAUACAAGAGACAAGUAUAUGGUUUCAUUUAUUAAUGAAAUAUCAAAAUGACCCUGUAUAGUUUCCAAUAUUAUAAAAUUUUGUUAACAGGCAACAAAGCUGGAAUUAUCGCGUUGUGACGUCAUACAAUAUACUUUCAAAUAAACAUUGUAAAAUGAU